UACUGUCCAAAACGGUCUCUAACGAUUCCACAAAAAAUUGCUCCAAAUCUGCAAUGAUCUAGUAGACUCCCAUUGUUUAACCGGCACUAGCUUCACUGGUUUUGAAGGCUUCCCUAACCAGCGGCACGAUUGCUGGACUGCACGAGCCUUGAGAGUCAGAGGCGCCCACUGUUUCCCUUCUAUCCAUGCAACAGCUUUGUCCCUUGACUCGUGCCAAAUCGUAAAGAACACAACAACAACCUUAAAAAAGAAUCGCAGGCAUCUGUCCUCACCAAAUCCUACUAACCGCCACUUGCAACCAGUCCGGUCUAUACAUACACAUUCUUGGUUUCUUGGCUCUCACAGCAGUCCAGCACUCGCCAUUCCAUUCUGCUUCCAUUGUUUUCUGGAGGUCAAGAUCACUGCAUACUGGUGUUUCUUGACGAGGCAUUGCUUGCCAAAGAAUUCUGGCGGGCAUGGAGAGGCAGGUCGGGACCGGCAAUGGCGGGCCACCGCCGGAGUAUAAGGGCCCGGACGGCAAGAGCGCGAGCCGGCGGAGCACGCGGUUCAAGGAGGAGAAGGAGUACCUGGAGGUGACGCUCGACGUCAGGGGCGACGGCGACGCCGUGGCCAUCCACAGCGUCAAGGACAGCAGCGGCUUCGAGAUGUCGGAGGCGGCGCUCCUGCCGGCGGCGACGCCCGGGUCCGGCGGCCUGUCGUCGAGGCUCAAGGCCGAGCUGCGGCGCAUCGCGUCGGUGAAGAAGCCGCAGCCGCCGACGGUGGUGCCGGCCCGGCUGGACCGGAGCAUGACCGGCGCCCGCCAGGCGCUGAGGGGCCUCCAGUUCCUCAACCAGAGCGUGGUCACGCAGGGGAGCUGGCCGGAGGCGGAGAAGCGGUUCAACCGCCUCGCCGUCGACGGGCUCCUCCUCCGCUCUCGCUUCGGACAGUGCAUCGGGAUGGUCGGGUCGGAUGAAUUCUCGGUGCAAAUGUUCGACGCCCUUGCACGGCGAAGGGGAAUCGUGGCCCAGGUGCUCACCAAGGAUGAGCUCCGGGAGUUCUGGGAGCAGCUCUCGGAUCCAGGCUUUGAUGCCAAGCUUCAGACUUUCUUUGACAUGGUUGACAAGAACGCAGACGGCCAGAUCACCGAAGAGGAGCUCAAAGAGGUCCUCACUCUGACAGCCUCCGCGAACAAGCUCACCAAGAUCCUCGACCGCGUCGACGAGUACACGGCGCUGAUCAUGGAAGAGCUCGAUCCCGCCCAGCUCGGCUACAUCGAGAUUGCUACGCUGGAGUCGCUGCUGCUGCUGCCCCCUUCCCAGGCCCCGUCGGGCCUGCAGGUGCCGCACAGCUCCAACAUCAGCCAGCUCAUCAGCCAGAGGCUGGUGCCGGCGCGCGACGCGAACCCGCUCCGGCGCGGCCUCACGGCGGCGCGCUACUUCCUGGAGGACAACUGGAAGCGCGUGUGGGUGAUGUCGCUGUGGCUGGCCAUCAACGCCGGCCUCUUCGCCUGGAAGUUCGCCGCGUACCGGCGCCACCCGACGUUCGACGUCAUGGGCUACUGCGUGUGCGUGGCGAAAGGCGGCGCCGAGACCACCAAGUUCAACAUGGCACUCAUCCUCCUCCCCGUGUGCCGCAACACGGUCACCUGGCUCCGGUCCCGGACCAAGCUGGGCGCCAUCGUGCCUUUCAACGACAACAUCAACUUCCACAAGGUGGUGGCGGGCGGCGUGGCCGUCGGCGUGGCGCUGCACGGGGUGACGCACUUGACGUGCGACUUCCCGCGCCUGCUCCACGCCAGCGACGAGGCGUACGAGCCGAUGAAGCGCUACUUCGGGCAGACGAGGAUCCCGGACUACUGGUGGUUCGUGCGGGGCGUGGAGGGCAUCACGGGGGUGAUCAUGGUGGUGCUCAUGGCCGUCGCGUUCACGCUGGCGCACCCGCGGUUCCGCCGGAGCAAGCUCGGCGAGGGCAACCCGCUGAAGAGGCUCAGCGGGUUCAACAUGUUCUGGUACUCCCACCACCUCUUCGUCGUCGUCUACAUCGCCCUCGUCGUCCAUGGCGUCUGCCUCUACAUCAACCGGACAUGGUACAAGCAGACGACAUGGAUGUACCUUGCCAUUCCGGUCUUGCUGUACGCCGGCGAGCGCCUGCUCCGGGCGCUGAGGUCGCACGGCUUGACGACGGUGAGGAUCGAGAAGGUGGCGGUGUACCCUGGUAAUGUGAUCGCCAUCCACAUGAGCAAGCCCCAUGGGUUCAGGUACAAGAGCGGGCAGUACAUCUACGUCAACUGCGGCGAGGUCUCGCCGUUCGAGUGGCACCCCUUCACCAUCACCUCUGCUCCCGGCGACGACUACCUGAGCAUGCACAUCCGGUGCCGGGGCGACUGGACAUCGAAAUUCAGAGCCAUCUUCUCGCAGAGCUGCCGGCCGCCGGCGAUGGGGCAGAGCGGGCUCCUCAGGGCCGACUUCUCGUCCAUGGAGCACAACACCAAGACGUUCCCGAAGCUGCUUAUCGACGGCCCGUACGGCGCGCCGGCGCAGGACUUCCGCAAGUACGACGUGCUCCUCCUGAUCGGCCUGGGCAUCGGCGCCACGCCGCUCAUCAGCAUCGUCAAGGACGUGCUCAACAACAUCCAGCAGAAGCAGCCCGGCCACGGCUACACCGACGAGGAUGAUGCGCCGUUCAUGACGAAGAAGGUGUACUUCUACUGGUGCACGCGGGAGGAAGGCUCCUUCGAGUGGUUCCGCGGCGUGAUGGACGAGGUGGCGGAGCGCGACGCCGCCGGCGACGUGGUGGAGCUGCACAACCACUGCACGAGCGUGUACGAGGAAGGGGACGCCCGGUCGGCCAUGGUGCUCAUGCUGCAGGCGCUCCACCACGCCAAGAGCGGCGUCGACGUGGUGUCCGGGACGCGCGUCCGCACCCACUUCGCGCGGCCGUGCUGGCGGGACGUCUUCAAGCGCGUCGCCUGCGACCACCAGGGCCAGCGCGUGGGGGUCUUCUACUGCGGCGAUCAGAAGGUGACGCCGGAGCUCAGGCGACUCUCGCAGGACUUCUCCCACCGCACCACCACCAAGUUCGUCUUCCACAAGGAGAACUUCUGAGAUUUCGGUCCACGAAAUUGAUUCCGUUUCUUGUUUUCUGGUGAUGUUGAUUAGGCAUUAUACGUGAAUGGACGAUGUACAUAUACAUACACAACACGCUGAACAUUUUGGUGAUAGUAUUUACUGUAUUAAUAUAUGCAGGCACUAACUUU